UGUGAAUAUGUGUGAGUGUUAGUGCGGUGAACAUGGAGUGGAACACGGGGGAUCUGAUUUGGUUCGACCCUGGGGUGGGCCAUUGGCUGCCAGGCGAGGUCCUCGAGUGUCACAGGAGUGCCAAUGUACUCACGGUCCAAGCGGUCAUCAACGGAAAGGCCCAGACCUUCGCCCUGGCCGAAGGGGAAGGCCAGGUGCGGCGCCGCCAGGACCUCGGUCCCGGCGGCGUCGAGGAUAUGAUCCAGCUGACGGAGCUCCACGAAGCCGCCCUCAUUUGGAACCUGAAGCUGCGCUACGACCGCAACCUCAUCUACACCUACGCCGGCAGCAUCUUGGUGGCCGUCAACCCCUACAGGAUGUUCGAUGGAAGUUACGGCAUCGAGUCCGCGCAGAGGUACAAGGGGAGGAUGAUAGGGGAGCUGCCGCCCCACCUGUUCGCCCUGGGGGCGGCCGCGUAUUCUGCUUUGCCAUCACCACAGGUUGUCGUUAUUAGCGGCGAGAGCGGCUCCGGAAAGACUGAAUCCACGAAACUAGUGAUGCAGUACCUCGCGGCGGUAGCGCCUUCGGCACCCAGAGGCCAAGCCCUGGUGACGGAACAAAUCUUGGAAGCCGCGCCCCUGCUGGAAGCCUUCGGUAACGCGAGGACCACCAGGAAUGACAACAGUUCGAGAUUCGGCAAGUACCUGGAGGUCUACUUCAAGAACGGCGCCAUCAUAGGCGCCAAGGUCACUCAGUACUUGCUGGAAAAGUCCAGAAUCGUCACCCAGGCCCCGGGGGAAAGGAACUACCACGUGUUUUACGAGCUCCUAGGUGGACUGAACAACACGGAAAGGCAGAAAUACGGGCUGGUGGAGCCGGAUAAAUAUUUCUACUUGAACCAAGGAGGUGGUGAUUGUGCACCGGGUCAUUCCGGUUCGGGAGCUGACUGGGGAGCCCUUACAAGGGCAAUGGAGGUCCUUGGCGUGGGAGAGGCUGAACAAGAAGCUAUUAUAAAGAUAUUGGCCUCCGUGUUGCACCUGGGGAACGUCUACUUCCACAGGAGGCAGUUAAGGCAUGGUCAGGAAGGCGUGGAAGUGGGUUCCGACGUGGAAAUCAAGNACCAUACCAGGAAUUUGUAUCUGUUGUCUGGAAUACCCAGAGGCGCGCCCUUUAGAGACCUAUGUCGUGCGAUCCUGCAACAAAUGCCAUCCUCAGGAACUGAGGGUCCUGACUACCAAUUGGGCGCAACCAGGGUAUUCCUCCGCGAGAGCUUGGAGCGUCAGCUGGAGAAAGCCAGAGGCGACUCCCUUAAGGGCGCCGCUGUCUUAAUACAAAAGAACAUCCGCGGUUAUCUGGCCCGGAAAAGGUAUAGGCGCCUCAAGCGCAGCACCGUCACCAUCCAGAAACACUGGCGUGGUUACCAACAGCGCGGAAGGUACCAGAAGAUCAAAAAGGGCGUCAUCAAGGCCCAGGCGUUGGUAAGGGGCAGGCUGGAACGCAGGAAAUUCGCGCAGCGGAAAGCCGAGUUCAGGAGGAGGGUGGAAGCGGAGAAAGUGGCGCAGGAGCGGGCCAAGCAAAGGGCAGCUAGAGAGGCUCAGUUGCAGGCGCAGGCUCAGAAAGCUACCGCCGCAGCUGCCGCGAAGGCGGCGAAUUCCAAGGCUAGCGUGCACCACCUGGAGAUACCGGCGGAGCUGGCUUUUAUUUUCUCGAAACUGGAGGGGUAUUCUCCACCGCACUCGGAGCGGAAUCUUGUGAAGGUGGUGGGAGGUGUUACCGGGUCACCCCCAACCCUCAACCUGCCUCACGAUCUGAACCAGUUCGAGUUCGCCAAAUUCUCUUCUGUGUAUUUCAAAGGGGCCGAGCUGCAUAUGAAGAAGGAGCCUAUCACAGCGCCUUUCCUCUCCAAAGCCGCAGCUAGGGAUCAGGACUUCCAGGACGCGGUGGCCUUGUUCAAGUUGAUCCUGCGCUGGUCGAACGAUACUCAACUCACCGGAGCUAGAGAAAGGGCCCUAGCGGACUAUAUGAUUCACAAGGGGUUGAACUCCAAAGGACUGAGGGAUGAGUUGUUGGUGCAGCUCUGCAAUCAGUCGUGGAAGAACGAAAAUUCGGAACGCGUGUGGCAGCUGAUGGCCCAUUGUCUGAGCUGCUUCCAACCAAGUCCUCCGUUGUACAAGUAUCUGUUGAAAUUCAUAACAGACUACGCGCCACCCAGUAUCAAAGAAACCCUCCAAAGGAAACUGACCAGGAGCAUACAAAAAGCGCCGCAUGCGAGGACGCUUCCUCCAGCUCUUCUAGAAUGGCGCAGUAUCCGCCAAAAGUCGAACACGGCUUUACCUUUGACCCUUCCAGACAGUACAGUGUCUACAGUAAAUGUCGAUUCCUGGACUACUUGCGAGGAAGCUGCAGCUUUAGCAGUUUCUUCAAUGGGUGUAUCAGCUGAAGGAUGGACAGUUGUUAUGGACGACGCUGGUAUUAUAUCCGAAGGAAACGGUUUCGACUACAUCAUGGACUUGGUUUCAGAGCUGGAAUUGUGUCCAGCGUUCCCAGUUGGCAAAUCGUCUUUGCUCAAAGCCGGCAAGAGACACUCUCCUGUGGAAAUAGACCAUCAUUUGUCCCUGCCAUCACCCAGUAGGCCUCAAGUACCUCCACCUGAGCCCCCCAUCAACAUCUCUCGUAAAAUAUCAAGAGAAAUGACACGCGAGAGGCAGAGUCCUAGACAAUCACCUCCAACUCAAAUACAAACGUCACGUCACAGCUCUAGAAAAUCCUCAAGGGAUACCCAUCGAGAAUACUCCCACUCGCCUCAAAGGGAAUCUCCAGUGGCUCUCAACUCCCCCACGUCCAGGAAAACGUCGCACGAAGCCUUGUCUCGCAACUCUGCCUUGAACGAAAGAUACUUCGACAUCGAAAAGGCCCGGUCCAGAAGUCUGGAUAACCUUCUGAGUGAACCCGAACCUACCCCACUGGCAGAUUUAGGACUAAGUCAGUCGUCGAGGUUAAACGAAAGGUACCACUCCGUAGAGCAGCUGGCGCCCAUCAAACCAGUCAUAGCGAACCAGAACUAUAUGUCGAAGCAGGAGAUCGAUUUCGAGUACCCAGAUGUGUCCAGCGUAAGCACGUCCCACAGAGGCGGUCCUAGAUUCAUCAAAUCGGCGUACGCUGGUAAGAAAGCACCGCCUGGGUCGCAUUCCAGCAAGGCGCACAUCGAGAAGUCUGAAUUCAGUGGUGUUAGGAGCUCGGCGAUGUCCGACACCAGCGAAGCCCCAAGUUUGGCGAGUCAUGUUAGAAGAGUGCGGGUGCCGAGUCAAGCUUCUGAUGUUGACCAGUUCCUCGACGAAUUAUUCAGUCCGGUUUUAGAUGGGAAUCUAGACGAGCUCAGUGACGCCAGAUCUUUAGCAGCUAGUAUUAAAGGAGGUGGAUGCAAUGAGGAGUACAUCGAGGGCCUAGACGACUUCCUGGACGAGGUGUUAAGUGGUGUGGAGUGUCCAGGUGUUGAUACGUGGAACGUCGACGACCUAGUGGUUAAAAUUAAAGGUGGAGGACACAGACCGAGAACUGACAGCCAGAGCAGCUCCGUGUUGGACCAAGAAGUCGAAAGCCUCACUUCGGCUCAGAACCGUCAGAGUACGCCGAAGGUUAACGCCAACGGUAAUGUGGACGAUUACAUAAGCGACCUGUUCAGACCGAUUUUCAUCAACGACAGCUUGAAGAGUCUGACCGAGAAACACAACUUAGUCGACAGCAUUAAAGGUGGGGGGACUACCCAAAACAGCGCCGGAACUUCUAGUUACAACUUCUCCUCUAUCCCCGCGCCGAUUGUUAGCCCCGCGCCGCUGAUGAUGCCCUUACUCAGUCCGACACAAGAUGGAUUCAUGCCCGUGUUCAACAUGCCUAACGUGGGCAUCACCCAGAACGGCACCGACAUAGCAGCGUACCAACAGAAUUUGCAAAGAGCGUUUCUCCAGUCUGCUAUGGCCCAAAACAUCCAAAUCCAACAGCAAUUGCUAGCGCAGAACCAGGCCCUACAACAGUUACUUACCCAACAAAACACUUCCGUCUCCACGGACGUCAAAGUCACGGAAACCAUUCAGACCACGGUGAAGGCCCAGGUGCACCAGUCCAACACCUCGAGCCCCAACAGGAAAGCCAGCUUCAAGUCCGUCAGCAGCGCCAACAGAAAAAUUAGUUCCCCUAGCGUGAACUCUUCGAGCGAUUUCAAGUCGCGCAAAGCCAGUUCCGAUUCCAACAUGACCAACAUGAGCAUGAUCAGCAGAAACGGCAUACCCCCACCACCACCACCACCACCUAUGCCGCCGCCACUAGACGGCACCGAUCCCAGCGAGGUGCGUCCCUUCAUGGACCCCUACGGCCGCGCCAAGACCGUCCGCAUAGGCAAAUGGCGGUGGCCGCCUCCGAAAGACGGCGCUACUCAGGAGAACGGGGAGGACUUCAUGCACUUCAAGCUGCGUCAGCACCAGCGCAAGGUGACGCCCAACAAGGAACAGACGGUCACUAUAACCAACGGCCACGCCAUCGGCUUCGUCAAGACCGAACAGUCUUCCGCGGAAUGGGAGGAGGUAGAGUUCGAAUCUACGGUUCGGGAGAACGAACGACUGACCAAGGCGAGCACCAAGCGCGCCUUCGACAUAGGGGCUGCAAGGCCUUCCCCGGGGAGCGUUGGGAAGCUCAAACUGAGCUCGGAGAUGAGGCAGAGACUGGAAAUGGUCACCGCUAAUCAUUCCGUGAGGUCCACGAGUAGCAAAGUUGACAAGCCGGGGAGGAACAUUAAUAAGUUGGAGGAUACGAGGAAGAUGAUGCUCGAGCAGCAGCUGACUGGGAGGUGGGGAGACGAGUCGCUGAAUACUAGUGGGAAGUCUAGCCCGGAAACUCCUCCACAUGUACCACUCAACGGCACCAAAUCGCCCACCCAGCAAAGCUGGGCCAGCUCCAACUGGAAACCGGGCCCUCCGCCUCCCCCGAUCGGCCCCAACUCCCUUCCCCCGGCGCCGCCCGGCCCUGCCCCCCCGCCGCCGGUCGUCCGCCCCAACCAGCCCCCGCCCCCCGUCGAGCCGAUCAGGGAAUCGUCCUUCAUGGCCCAGCGCCAGGACAGGGACACCUUCGGGGUGCACCAGAACCGCGUGAUGCAGAACAACUCGAAGCGGAACUCCUUCAGCGCCAACUGGGAGGUGCAGAGCAGCCUGACCCACGAGACGGCCGACGACGCCGCCAGCUGGGCCAAGGACGGGGCGGACGGCGACAAGCACGACGGCAGGGCGUCGCGCGACAGCUGGGAGCUGGCCGAGUCCACCACCAACACCUCCAUAGACCCGCGCCACCUCGGCGAGCGGUGGGACAGAGAGGAGAGGAAGUUCGAAAAGAGCAAGAGCGUUAGGAAGGAAGCAACGAACCAUGAACCCGCCGAGAGACCGACAUUCAGAACCCAUAUGUUCAACAAGAACGCCCAGGAGAGAGAGAAGAAACAUUCGAUAGCGUCCACCCAGAUGACCGACAAGACGGAAAGGGCGGAAGUUCAAGAAUGGCCGGAAUUCAUGCGCCCCAUCCAAACGCCGCCCUCCAAAUCCCCCAUAACCACUCAGCCCCAGCAACCGGAGAAAGUCGAGUCCCCGAAGACGACCUCCAGGUUGCUGCCUCUCGGAGCGGCCGCUUGCAUUACCUACAACAGAGUCUCGUGGAUGCUCAGGGUGAGGAAAGAGGUCUUCUCGCCGUCGGAACCUCUGGGCCCGCCCACCGCCCUCCACUUGGUGUUCUGUCAGAUAGUGGGAGACGUCUACGGUCUUACCCCCUGCCUCAGGCUGACCCAGAACGAAAAGAGGGCAGGAGUGAACAUGCUGUCGGGGUACGGGGUGACGGCGGAAAACUUUAACAACUCCCACAGGGCCAAUAUAAAGAGGAACGUCGUCGAGUUGGCCAGGACUUGGCCGUUGUACUUCGCAAGGUUGUUUCCAGUGUCCGGAGCGGCGCAACUCUCCGAAGUGCAGCUUGUGGCGGUGUCCCAUUGGGGCGUACACCUUGUCAGACGCGAGCAAAACCACCUCCAGGUCAUCAGAUCCUUCUCCCUGGGCGAGAUAGGAUCCUGCGCCGCCCCCAGACCCACCAGCGUCAGCCUGGACAGUCCCCAGGGUCGACUUAGCCUGCACACCCCCAGGGCGCAGCAGCUGUCGGAGAUGGUGACCAAGUUCUGCGCGGAACAGAGAAAGAUCCAGAUGAAGGCUUCCAGAGACGCUACCUCCCCCCAAAGAUCCAGGUCUCCACCUAUGGAAAGGCUGGAAAUGAUCACCAACACCACCAAGACCACAACCAACAACGUCACUAACGGUAAUAUCGUCCAAGAGAACAGUAUUAGACCUCCACCAAGGGGCGAGGGGACACACUCGCCCAGCAGCCCAGUACCACCCUCUGGGAAGUACUCCUUGAUGCAGUUCGCCAUGCACAACUUUAGACAGAGCACAGAUUUGGAACUGCUGAAGAUGGACUCGUCGGUAAAAUCCAAAGAGAAACGUAAAGAAUGGACGUGGAAGCAGCAAACGGAUCUGAUCAAGUGGCAAAGCGCGCCGUUAGAUGGCCCCCUGUUGAGACUGGAGGAUCCAGAGCUCACGCCGUUGUCCAUUGAGUGUUUCGACUGCAUCUUGAGAUACUGCGGCGAUCUACCGCUGACGCCCGACAUGUCUGAAGUGAAGUGUGUCUACACGGUAUUAAUGCAUUGUCACAAAUACGCCCUGCUGCGCGACGAGGUCUACUGCCAACUCAUGAAGCAGACGACCAGCAACAAGUCUGACCAGCCCGAGUCCUGCCAGCGCGCCUGGCGCCUCCUCUCCAUCGUGGCGGCCUAUUUCGCCUGCUCCGACAACCUGCUGCCCUUCCUCACCGAGCACCUCAGCAGCGCUGCUAACGACAGGCGAAGGAUAUGCCACGGCACCGCCGCCGUCUGCCUCUCCAACCUGAGGAAGACCCAACGAUGCGGGGGCCGCAAGAACGUCCCCUCCGUGGAGGAAGUCACCGCCGUGAGCGCGGGAAGGAGCGCCAGGAGGCAGAUCUACCGUUUACCCGGAGGAGCCGAGAGGGUGGUGAACACCAGAUGCAGCACCGUGGUUGCCGACGUCAUCGGCGAGCUGUGCGGCCUGAUAGGCAUCCAGACCGAAGCCGAACAGCAGGAGUUCAGCCUGUACUGCAUCGUACAAGGCGACGCCUUCACAAUGCCCCUGGCCGCCGACGAGUACAUCCUGGACGUCACCACGGAGCUACACAAGGCGGCGCAACCGUUCUACCUGAUCUUCUGCAGGUCCGUGUGGUACCAUCCCCUGAAGCACGACGCCAGCGCGCUCUACACCGAAGUGCUAUUCAACCAAGUGGCCCCGGACUACCUGGAAGGCCUCCUGUUGCGGCUGGGCAACCCGAACUUACCCCCGAGCGUCGUGAGGGACAUGGCGCUUAUCGCGGCUCUUCUCCACAGAGCCGCGGAUCUAGGCCACUCCCCCAGCCUGAAGGAGGUGAAAUUCCUGCUCCCGAAACCAGUUCUGGGACUUAGGGAACCGCGACCGCCCCAGUGGUUGGCCCUUGUGCAGACCUCCUGGGGCCAGGCGGCCGGACUGCCGGUCUCCAGGGCCAAGCACAGGGUGUUGCAAGUCCUCAGCAACUGGCCCCUAUUCGGGAGCUCAUUCUUCGCCGUGAAGAGGGUGAUGGGCGAGAACGAGAACUGGCAGGAACACAUCCUGGCAUUGAAUCGGGGCGGCGUCCACUUCUUGGACAUGAACACCCACGAGACGGUCCACCACUGGCCCUUCGCCGAAGUGAUCAGCACCAGGAAGGUGCGGUCCGAGGACGGCGCCCUGUUCUUGGACAUGAAGUGCGGCAACCUCCUGCAGCAGCGAGUCACCAGGUUGCAGACCGAACAGGCCCACGAGAUCUCCAGGUUGGUCAGGCAGUACAUCAACCUGGAGCAAGAGAACAGCACCAGGCACCAGUAGUUUCUUUCCCUCCACGGGCCAUUAUACCUGAAAUACUCUUCCGUAUGGCCAGUAGGUUUAUUCUUCCGCCGCUGUCACGUCUGGAACUUGUUCAGCUGCGCCCUAACCUCCCUGUAUAUACCACUGUAUGGAUAUGUUUUGUACUUCCGAUGUAUGAUAGUCAUUAUUGUUAUAUUUAAAUAUUUUUACUCGUACUCCAAGUCUGUUCAAUAUUUAUCUAGUUGUAGCGUAACCGAGUGUGAAGUAUGCCCCCUUUGCUCAAGACAGUCUGCGAGAGAAAAAAAAGUAAAAGCCAGAAGAAAGUAAAUGUUCGGGACCGAGGCUUUUGUCGCACGAUGGGACUUUAUCCUUUACUACUGUAAUUAUUACCGUGAGAAGACGAGGUUGUAUCAUGUAGCCGAUUGUAUUUUGUUUAGCGGAGGCCGCCUUCGAUUGUUCUCCUGCCGGCUUGAUUCGAGUCCCCACCCGACUCGGAUCAAGCCUGUGGCGACCCUGUUGUUUUAUUGGAGCGGCCUGUUUUAUCACUUGUAUUUAAAUUUGGUGUUUGUGUUUAAUAGGCAAUAAAUAUUUUAUUAUU